CGAAACAAUCGAAAGAAUACCAAGGACACCAAUUUCAGAAUGUCGCCGAACGAGAAACCCAAGUUUGAUAUCUCGCUACGGGAGGAGAACAAACGACGAAGACGGAGGUAACAGGUCGAUGGUAACGAGAAUCACGGUAACGGAGGGCCGGUCGCACCAGAUCAAGACAGUGAGAUGUUGGAUGAUCGAGAAGAUAUGGGGGAAGAGCAAGCGAAUGCAGAGCCGGAUGUACCUGAGGAAGAACAACAACAACAACAGGAAGAAGACGAACGAGGGCCAGACCACCCGACCGAACCUGAUGACGACGUACCUGAUGAGCCUCUUCCUGCGUGUGAUGCAGAUGCAUCCGCGGCUGCGGACGAUCCUCCUCCUCCUCCUCCUGUGGAUCAUGCAGCUGCACCGGCGGCUGCACCCAUCCCGGCCCCUGCUCUGACGGACGCUCAACGAGUUAUACAAGAGAUGGCUGCCAUCACUACGAACUGGGGUCCAGAAUUCCGUGACCUAAGAGACUGCAUACCAGCGAAGACUUGGCUCAAAGGUAAAACAGAGCAUCUAACCGAGAAAAGUUGCGAACCAGACACCCUCCAUCAACUGCGGAAGCUGUCCAACGUAACUCGUAAUCUCGGCAAAGAAGUCAAAAAGAAGAUUGGGUUACGCUGGACCGGGAGAAAAAAGAAGACUGGAGACAUAGGCAGUGAGUCGGAUGAAAAACAGCGGAGCUUGCGCGAGGAUUUGAAGAGGAUACGAGAGGAAUACACGACAGCAGAAGAUGAUGAGGAUGAAGAUGAAGAGCCGGAGAAGCCCACCAAGAGGAACGCCAAUGGGAAAACACCGGAUCGUACUACGAAACGCCUUCGCAAGUCAACGCAAGAUGACGAAGACGAAUAUAGCUCAGGAGAAAGUAACAUACCCCACGACGGCCCUGGGGCAGAGUCAAAGCUCAAGGGAAAAGGAAAGGACAAGGCGACUGAAGUACCGAGCGACGACACUGAAGCCAUACCCUCCACACACGGACAGCGAGACCUGGCGCUCGGCCAAAUCUACCACAACUGGGAAAUGGCUUCGGACGAGCCACUUGUCCGAUUCUUGCCAGCGCUCCUGCUUCCACCAGACAUGACGGACGAAUCUCUUAUCGAUGGCAGGAUUCUCGCGCGCCUCCGUGAUCUGUCCAAUGUCACCGCAGGGCAACGUGUCUUUGUUCAAGAGGCGUUGUUGAGCGAGAUGGCUGACUUCAUGGGGGAAAAUGUAGAACGAGUGCUUGACCUUCUUGCGCGGGUUCGUGUUCAGAUUCAAGAGACGAUACGAGUGCUAGAGCGAGCAUCAGAGGAGGCAAGGGCUGGCGAACAGGCGGUAGGACCGAGUCGUGGUGCUCUUCUCCCAACACUAGGCGCCGCUAGACCUAGCAUCUACGACGCCAUGGGAGGGGGUGAUGGUCCGCUUGGACAGCCGAUGCUACUCACCGAAGAUGAGAGAGCGCGCGCGCGCCGAGCCCGCGAACUUUAUCCGCCAACAGCACCUCCCUUACCAAACCGAUUGUUCCAAGCUUCGCAAGCACGAACACAGCCUGCAGCACAACCAGGACUAUCGCGUUUCGAAAGCGGUGUACUGAUUAUAGGAUCGAGCUGGACGCUACGCCGUGCUCUCGACGACAGCAGACAAGCCGAUCAAUGUAUUCAGACAGCCCGGCGUAGAUACGAGCAGGCCGUUCUUAAUGGACAGUCUGUCCAGGAUCAAGCCGCUCUGCUGUUGGGAAUAGAAGCCGCUAGGGGAGUAAGCGAUGAAGUGUAUGCGAGGACGGACGCGUUGCAGGGACGCUGGGUAGGAGCACGAUCGACGCGUAGUAUGAGGGGUGACGGUCUUGGGGGUCUUACCGGUGACUUUGGAUUGGGACGUCGCGCGCAGGCUGAGGGUGCUAGUGAGGAGGAAUGCGGAGACGGACAACAGGGAGGGGAUGGAGAGAAUGGUGGAGGUCUCGGAGAAGGGACGAAGAAAACGAAGAAGAAGCCGAAGAACUAGCGGAAGCAUGGCUUGCUAACACCUAGUGGGUGUCGGUAGACCGAUGUAAUUUCAUGUCACUCUCUUUCUAUUGCACUAGUAAAACUUUGACGAGUCGUUAUCUCAUCAAUAGAUUUAAUCGAUG